GUGUACAGCGGCGACAAGAACGUCAGCGUCAUGGGCCGCCGCUUCCGCCCAGCCCUCGGCGAGGCAGACGGCAGGCCGAGGCCGUUCUUGCGCAGGUCCUUGAGCUACUACAAGCGUGAGAAGUUUGGCCAGAAGAGCCCCUUCCCCGACAUUCAGGAGUACAAGCUCAUUUUCCGCUCGUUGUGCUUCUUGCAGGCAGUCGUCGUCACCUCCCUCAUCGUCGCCUACCUGGGCCACCCCCCCGACAACUGGGUGGACAUUGGCCUCUUCGGACUGGCACUCGCCGCGUGGCCGUUCACAGGCCUCAGCGUGCUGCCCACGUUCAUCCGCAGGCUGACAAUGAGGAGCUCCAUCGAGGGGGACAAAGAUAAGGCGCUCAUCAGAGAGGGCUUGCUGGCGGCCAAGGAGGGGCUGCUCCGAGACUUCGCGCGGCUGGUGCAGGUCGCCGGCUUCGAGCGCCGCGCCAUGGAGCGGGGCGAGCCGUGGGCCACCUGCGACGACGCGCGGUGGACGGUGGUCGACGCGCGGCGUGCGUUCCAGAGGGGCGCCGCGGCCUUCGAGAAACUCCCGAAAACCGAGCAAGAGGAGAUCUGGCAGCUGUUCGCCGCCGCCGACCCCGACAACGACGGCGAGGUCGAGGAGCGGGAGAUGGCGGAGCUCUUCGGGUUCGCCAUGGGCCGCGGCUCCCGGGCCCUCGCGGGGUACGGCGCCGCCGUGCCCGGGCAGGGCAUCAUCAGGCUGGUAGACUUCGACGGCCGUCGGGCAGUCACGUGGCCGAAGUUCCAGGAGACCAGCCGCGAUCUUGGCCGCCAGCUCGGAGGAGCCCGAGGCCCUCGAGGGUGA